CUCUAAAUAGAUCGUAUUGUAAUCUUUUCUCAGUCCAACGUGGUUCCUUCAGAAAGCGUGCUGCAUCUUCUCCAGACUUCUGCGGUUUAUGAGGAGCCAGUAACAGUGAUGAACUCAGAGCAGGAAAGGCCGUUCAUGUGCAGCGCCCCAGGCUGCUCUCAGAGAUUCCCUACGGAGGAUCAUCUAAUGAUUCAUCGGCACAAGCACGAGAUGACCCUCAAAUUCCCAUCCAUCAAAAAUGACAACAUGCUGUCUGACCAGACACCGACCCCAACACGCUUCUUGAAGAACUGUGAGGAGGUGGGCCUCUUCAGUGAGCUGGACUGCUCCAUCGAGCAAGAGUUUUGUAAGGCUCAGGAGGAGGAGGACAACAAACAGAAUAUCACUAUUCAUGGGCAAGGAGGCAAUAACCAGCACCAGCAGCAGACCCACUCAAGAAUGGGCAAUCAUGACAGCAGCAUAGUGAUUCAGCAGGGGCUGCCCUCACCCCAGUCCAGUUCCGUCAUUACUCAGGCCCCUUCCACCAACAGACAGAUCGGGCCAGUGCCUGGUUCCCUUUCCUCAUUGUUGCACCUGAGGAACAGACAGCGACAGCCAAUGCCGGCCUCCAUGCCUGGCACACUGCCUGACCCCUCUAUGCAAGGAUCAUCUGCUGUUCUGAUGCCUAUGGAGAGGCAAAUGUCCAUGGGCUCCAACAUGAUGGGCAUGCAAGGCCCCACCCACAGCUCAUGCUCCUCCCCUCAUGUUCCAUCAUUGCACUCAGAGGCAAAACUGAGACUAAAAGCUGCCCUUGCUCACCAUCAAGGGGGCAUGGCGAAUGGAAGCAUGAACACCAUGGGUCAUAUGAUGGAGAUGAUGUCAUCGCGGCAGGAGCAGGGCGGGCACCACCACCUGCACUCCCUCCCUCACCAGCACAUGCAGGGCCCACCUCACGGAUACCCGCACCAUGCCCACCAUCACCUCGGCCAUGCACAGAGCAGCCAUCAUCACCCACAGAGCCACGGGCACCACAACUCCCACCCAUCCCACCUCCACCCUGCACAUGGACAUCAGACCUCUCCACAUCCACCCAUGCACUCUUCGCAGUUAUCUCCAGCAGCGCAUCAAAUGCAGCCAACACAGACCCUCCAGUCCCCGCCACCCAAUGGAGGUCGUCGCAGACGAGUCAUGGACGAAGACCCUGAUGAGCGCAGACGGAAGUUUCUGGAAAGGAAUCGUGCAGCCGCAACACGCUGCAGACAGAAAAGGAAAGUUUGGGUGAUGUCUCUUGAAAAGAAAGCGGAGGAACUCACCCAAACCAACAUGCAGCUGCAGAAUGAGGUCACCAUGUUAAAGAAUGAAGUGACACAACUGAAACAGCUUUUGUUGACACAUAAGGACUGCCCCAUCACCACCAUGCAGAAAGAGUCGCAAGGUUACCUCAGUCCAGAGAGCAGUCCGGCAGGAAGUCCCACCCCUGUGACCCAACAGCAAGUCAUCCAGCACAAUACCAUCACCACCUCCAGCACGCCACCCAAUCACCGCACAGAUAUUAACCCCAUGCACUAGAGACUCAAACUCUCAGGCCCCAAACUCCCCGAUGCGGCACCAAGCUGGACAUCCUGACUGCAUUCUCUGUGGACAGACACACACCUGUGUGCCUCUGUGGCAGCUUUCUCUUUUGUAAAUGUAUAAUGAUUCACAUGUUGUUUAGUUCCAAGUGUUCUGUUUGCUUUGUAACCUUUUGAGUUAGCUUCAAAACAGGGAGUCUGCAUAAUUCAUCGAGCACCAUCUCACUUGUCAUGAACUGAUGGGUUGUUGUGGAAACACCAACUCUACAUCUGUUACUUGAUUAAUACUGGAGUACUGUCUUUAUAAAUGAGCAACAUUUGGAUUUGGUUUUCCAAUGCCAAAAAGAUGCUCUUUGUGUCCUUUUGGUUCUGUUAGGGUUUUAUAUCACUUUCUCUCACAUUCCCACUAUUUAUCUAAUUCAAAGGACAUGAGGAACGCUAGUGAAGGUCAGUGCUGAUGAAGGCAACUCAAGCAAUAUGAAUCUUUUAUGAGCUUAGCAAUCUGAUCUUCACCUGUGUCUUCACCUGCUUGCUUGGACCACAAUAUAGAUCUGAUUAAGCUCAACAUAUUAGCCUUCAGACAUUUCAGAUGUAAGUUUAAAAGUAACAAAUAUCUGAUUUGAAAUAUCUGAAAUAUCUAAAACAAAACAGCUUUGGUACAGAUCGUGUAAAUGGAAUGCAUAUAUCAAGCUGAAACAUGUCACUUUAAGCAUAUGCCCUGCUGAACCUGUGUGAUACUUCUGGACAUUCCCAGAGAGAUCACAGCUGCAGUCGUGUUGUCCUGCUUAUGAACACCAGGAAGACAUCUCUCUUAGCUUUUAUGUUUGAACAUUUCCGAAGAUACCAGCAGCUGUUUCAUUUGAACUUGGUGUAACUAUUGGUCGGAUUUACCCGUGGUCCUCAUCAAUUUAGAUACCAUUUUUACUUGUGGCAGUUCAUUUGGGUAUCUGUUUAGAAUCAGUUAGUGGGUCUGAAUAUUACGCCACAUUAUUGUAUGGGGUUUUGAGGUCUUCUGCUCAGAGUAUGAUCAGACAGUAUAAUUAAGUGCUCAUACAUGGUGUUUCCAUAACCGCCAUCCAAAAUGCUCCAUCACUUUCUCAAAUAUUGCACCUGAAUAGUGCCAUGUAAAAAUUAAAGCAUUUGCUGUACCUGAGGCCGUGGAAAACCUCUACUGGAGCCAAAUGCAUUGCUGUACAGUAUAUGCAACUUAAAAUUAGCUCUAUUUUUUGCUGAAAGUAUUGAUUUAGAGGCUUACAUUUACUCUAACAGUUAGGCCAAUGCAUAUGAUAGGAUAUACGUAUCUUAAUAUGUCCCAGUUUAUAUUAGAGGCCUAUAUAUCAUGGGGCACAGAAAAUCUUAUGAGAGGUUCUUCAUGACUUCAUGACUGAAGAGGGUAAAUUCUACAGUAAACUAUAGGAGUCCCCAAGAAAUUCUGUAGAAGCCCAUGGACGUUUCUGUAAAUGUGCUGUUGUAUCGGAGGUGUUAGUUUACAUGCAGCAGCUUACAACAUGACAUUCCAAAGUGAAAUCUGUUUGUGCCCUCUGCAUACUGUAGUUGUAAGGGAUAUAUGUGCAAGGUCCUGUAUCUAUGAGCAUGGACCGUAAACUGGCCAUUGUUGCUUUGAGACAUUGUUUGUGAACCCUGAUAAGGUUGCAUCCUUAUCUCUUAUUGACUUUUUUUCUUGCUAAUUGCAAAUGACUUAUAACCAAGCUAUUUGGUGCUCUUUUCUUUUUUACUUUGCUGUAAAAAUGUAGCAUUUUACUAUAUUUGCGCAGGUACUGUUCUAGACUGAUCUAGACUUUGCUCUCCAAAUGUCACAAUGUGUCUUAUCUAAUCAGAUAGGGAGGAAUGUCAGCCAUUAAUAAUACCUUGAUAUCAUUGCAUUUAUUAUCAAUUCCUAUUGAAGGCCUUAAUAAUUUGUAACAUUUUUGUAAAGGAGAAACUAUAUUUCAGUGAGUUUUUUACUGGUAGACACUGUUUUGUUUGGUGUGUUUUUUUCUUAAAGGAAUAGUUCAGCCAAAACUGAAAUUUCUCUCAUUAUUUACUCAAACUUAUGCCAUCCCAGAUGGGUAUGACUUUCUUUCUUCUGCAGAAAUCAAAUUAAGAUUUUUAGAAGAAUUUCUCAGCUUUUUUGUGUACAAUGCAAGUGAAUGGGUGCCAUAAUGUUGAAGCUCCAAAAAUCACAUAAGUCAGCAUAAAAGUAAUCCAAGACCAAAGACUUUAAUGUUUAAAUCCAUGUCUUCAGAAGCAAUACGAUGCUGUAGGUGUGGGUGAGAAACAGAUCACUUUCACAUUCUUUUUCUUGUGUUUUUGGUGAUUCACAUUCUUCAUGCAUACCACCCCAGUACUGGGCAGGAAGAAGAAUUUGAAGCCAAAAGGGAUUUAAAUUUUGAUCUGUUUCUCACCCACACCUAUCAUAUCACUCCUGAAGAUAUGGAUUAAAACACUGAGUUCAUAUGGAUUACUUUUAUGAUGCCUGCUUUUUGGAGCGUCAAAAUGUUGGCACCCAUUCACUUGCAUUGCAUAUAAUAAUUAAUAAUAAUAAUAAUUCCUUAAAUUUAUAUAGCACUUUUAGGCACUCAAAGCACUUUACAUAAUAUAGGUGGAAUCUCCUCAACCUCCACCAGUGUGCAGCAUCCACCUGGAUAAUCCGACGGCAGCCAUAGUGCACCAGAACGCCUAGCAAUUGGUGGAGAGGAGAAUAGAGUGCUGUAGCCAAUUCAGGAAUGGAGAUUAUUAGGAGGCCAUGAUAGAUAAGGGCCAAUAGCGAGAAUUUGUCCAGGACAUCGGGGUAAUACCCUUACUCUGUACGGGAAGUGCCCAGGAAUUUGUAAUGACCACAGAGAGUCAAGACCUCAGUUUAACGUCUCAUCCGAAAGAUGGACCAACAGAGCAAAUGUGUAUUUGUGUUCAGCAGAAGAAAGAAAGUAAAACACAUCUGGAAUGGCAUGAGGGUGAGAAAUGAUGAGAGAAUUUUCAUUUUUGGUUGAACUAGCCCUUACAUUUGUUUUUUCAUUUGGUUUAAUUGAUUUGAUUUGUUUUUCGUUUUGUUUUGUUUUGCUUUGUUGUUUCUUUGUUUUGUUUUGUUCAUUUUGUUUUGUUUUUGUGUUAGUGGAGUUUUCCAAUCUUCUUAAACCAAGGAGACCUGAGAUGUACAGCAUUGUCAUUUCCCACCAACCCACAGGCAAGCUGGAUAUGUCUUGGCUUGUGAAAAGUGGAGAGACAAACCAAAAUGUUUCCCAUCUGCCAAAAAAGGCCUUUCUUCCAGCAGCUAAGCUCAGAACUCUUUUUCAUGUUUUUUCACAGUUUGUAGAGGCUUUUCGUCCCUCCAAAAUGGAACAUAUUGAUUCCCUUUGCCUUUCCUUGCAGCACUGUGUUUGGAACACAAGCAUGCAAAACAACCUCCACAUUGAGAGGUAGAUCUUGUAGCUGUCUAUGCACUUUGACCUCUGUGCAUCAGAGGAUGAAAUAGCCAUAUAGAAGACUCAGCGAUUCCCACCAGCGAGAGCCAGCCACUGUCAAUCUAUGAAGACUGGAGCAACACAGCUUUGUGUGGACCGACCGGAUUGGAGCUUGGAGUAGUCCCCACAAUGAAAAACAAGAACGAUGCAAUUCAAACCCCAGUCUGUAGCCUGAUGACUUGGGUUGGGCAGCGUUCAGUAAACUUCUCCUAUAGCUUUAAGACUUUACCAGUUAAACUGUCUGACUUGACACUCAUUAUUCCUUUUAGAGAAGUCCUGUUUUUCACACUGUGAAAUGGGUGACAUUAAGAUGAACUUGAAAUGUAUAUAUAUAUAUAUUCAUUUGGACCAGUUGAUAGUUUGGUUGAUUCUCAGUUUCUUCUCUCUAAGUAUCUCAAACCAACAUUCAGUGUUCACAUGUAAUGUGGUUUUGAAUGGGAAUCUGAGUGAGAAUUUCAAUGCUGCAGUUGUGUUUAUGGUUUGUCAGCUUGAAAUUUAAACUGAGAUUGGUGUAUGCAUGCAUGCUUUUCCAUUCCCAUUGGCGUUAACAUCUUAGACCUCACACUCACAUGUUUUGCAGUGUUUUUACUCUAUAUUAUGAUGUAAUAAUGGCGGGAGGGGCAUGCUUAAAAGCAGUUUUAUAUGGUUCUCCAUGGAGGACUGUAAGGCUGCAAUAGAGCUGCAGGGAUUCCAGAAGCAGUAAGGACAAACAACAGUCUAAAGUUGUAUUAUAAUUCAUCUCCUACGUCUUUUAAUUUCAAAGCAAAGUGGCUCAUGAGAGUAUCUACGCAGGGUUGCUUCAUCUCUUACCCAAGCAACAAAACACACACACAAGAACAUGCUUAACUGGAAAUGUUUUAUUUGCUCUGAAAGAGAAACAGACAUUAAUCUCAACAUGUUGAUUUGGCAUUAGGCGGUUGUUUGGAUGAAUGUCUUGAUGUCUUUUGUAAUAGCAUUCUUAGAAACUGGAGAUUUGUGUGUGAGCGCGAGUUUAAGUGUGCUGUUGUGUGCAUAGGUAUAUUAUUUUUUUUUAGGUGGAGGACAGUAAAUACACAAUAAUAGAACUAUAAAUGUAUCAUUGCAACAAAACUAUAAAUAUUGUAUAAAUUAUCAUUAAUUUUUUUUAUAUUGUUCCUGUAAUGCAACCACCUUUCUUUUUGAAAGGAGUAUAUGUUUGGUACUUGUAUGUACAUAAUGUUUGCAUAGCACUUGCAGUCUUCAAAUACUCGCCUGUUCAUUUCAACAUUGCAUUGUUUGUUACCCAUUAUGAAUUCAUGAAUUCACACAUGCUUGCAUAACUUUGUAUAUUUUAGAUGUUUAUUAAUUCCUUGAAUAGUUUGUGUUUAUGCAAAUGUACAGAUGUGAGAUCACAACCGCUAUAUUACAAUAAGAAAAAUAAAGCACUUGAUCUGUAACAAAGCCUUUACAUAUAAUGAUUUUGUCAUUUAUGCACAUACAAACAUUUUAUUCAGCAUGUUUGCCCUUUUUAAUAAAAAAGAA